CUCGUCAAAACAUUCAAAAUGGCGACCGAAGAGGGUGGUCUUCCAGUCCUUUCGUCUUCAGAGUCUUUAUUUUACUUCUUUGUGGACUUACCAUGGACGAUCAUCAUCCUGUUGAGCCUGGUGGUUUGUGGGAUAGUUACUGGGUUGUUCAUGUGUCUGAAGAAAGUCAAGACAAAAGUCAUUGGCCACCCUCCCCCAGUGAAAUACCGCUUCCGUAAAAGGGACAAGAUUAUGUUUUAUGGUAGAAAAGUCAUGAGGAAGCUCUCUCCAUGGCACACCUCACAAGAAACCCCACAGGAAAGUGAUGACCCCAACGCUGUGAAGUCCAGUGUGAGUAACACUGUUGUGGUCCAAGGUUCGUCCUCGCGGACAAGGAUAAAGAAACGACAGAAGUUUGUUCAGCUAGUCAAGAAAAUCCUCCGUCUGCGUAAGGAGGGUUCCAAACCAGGUGUUCAGCUGAAGGAACCCCCACCUGCGCUGCUGGAGGCUGAUCUAACAGAGAGUGGAGAGAGCCACCUGCCUCCUGAGGUCAUGUACAUGCUCAACUCUGUCAGGGUAUUUGGUCACUUUGAGAAGCCCAUGUUUCUGGAGCUGUGCCGCCACAUGGAGACUAUGAGUAUUAACGAGGGAGACAUGCUCUUCAAAGUCGGGCAGCCAGAUGACAGCAUCUUUGUGGUGGUACAAGGCAAGCUGACUGUUUAUAUUACAGAAAAGGAUGGCACAGAAAUGCAGAUGAAGGAGGUGCUUGCAGGAGACAGUGUGCACAGUCUGCUGAGCAUUCUAGAUGUCAUCACAGGCUACCCUGCACCAUACAAAACUGUGUCAUGUAGAGCACUGGAAAAGAGCACCAUUCUCAGGCUCCCUGCUAAUGCAUUACAAACCGUAUUCAAGAAGUACCCAGAAUCUCUGGUCAGAGUAGUGCAGGUGAUAAUGCUUCGUCUGCAGCGAGUGUCUUUCAUGGCCCUGUACAACUACCUAGGCUUGAGCUCUGAGCUUGUCCGUAAGAUAGACACAUGUAGUAGGGGAUGCAGCCGCACACAGUCCCUCCACCACCACCAUCAUCAUCACCACCACCACCCCUCCCACACAAUGGGACAGCCCAAGUCUCCUAAGAAGUUAGCCAGUACCACCUCUGUAGGGAGUUCUACAGAAAAGGUCAUCAGGUCCGUCAACUUCGAGGAUGCUCCACCCUCCUGGAGUGACAGUGAGCAGGUCUCAGCAAAGACCAGUCGACCAUCUCGAGCGACAUCCCAGUCAGAUGUGCCUGUCAAGGAACGCCGCCGACGUGCCAUGAGCUUAGGAUCUGCUCUUCAGCCUGCUCUUCCUCUCACUUCAUCCAAUACAGAAGGUGCCAGGAUUUCCCGCCUUGCCAGUGUCAGGGGCAUGUCAGUGGACAGUGAGGGGAGUGGGGCAGAGUCAGGUCCCUCGGACUUUGACACCGCGUGUGACAGGGCCAGGGUUGGGCAGGGUGUUGUGGGCACCCCUCCAGUGGCCAGGAGACAUAGUUCAAGUUCUACACGAACCAGUCCAGUGUUUAAGGAUAAUCGUCUCCGCCACACCAGUCAUGAUGACAGCUUCCUCCAUAGGGCUGCAUUCUUUGACACCCAGGAGAGCACCGACUCGGCCGUCCUCUCCAAGUACCAACAGUGGACAGAGGAUGAUGAGGUCUUGGAUGCAGCAACAGAAGACUUGGCGAAAUUGUUUGGCUUGGAUGAGGAGACCCUUUUGCGAGGCAGGCUGACCCUGGAACAUUACCGGGCGGGGCAGUACCUGGUGCAUCAGGGUGACCAGGACUCCAGUCUGUUCUUCGUUGCCACGGGAACGCUGCUGGUCUGUCAGAAGACUGUGGACACGGAGGAGGAGGAGACAGUGUUGAUAGUGUCCCACUCAGGUGAGCUGGUGGGAGUGUUAGCAGCACUGACCGGAGAGCCGUCCUUCUUCAGUGUCAAGGCCAAACAUGACAGUAGGGUGGUGGCCAUCACCAAGUCUAACUUCUACAGCAUAAUGCGAGACUGUCCCCACGUAGUGCUGAACGUGGCCCACGCCUUUGUGAGCAGGAUGUCACCGUUUGUGCGACAGAUUGACUUCGCCCUGGACUGGAUGCUGAUCGAUGCAGGCAGGGCUCUGUACAGACAAGGGGACCCAUCAGACUCCACGUAUGUCGUGUUGAACGGACGUCUCCGGUCCGUGCACACCCUCGCUAACGGCAGGAAACAGCUGAUGGGAGAGUACGGCAGAGGGGAGAUCGUUGGAGUGGUUGAGACCCUGACCCAGUCUCCUCGAGCGUCCACCGUCCACGCUAUCCGAGACACGGAGCUGGCCAAAAUGCCAGCUGGGCUCCUGGACACUAUCAAGAGAAAACACCCUCAGGUUGUGACUCGCCUGAUCCACCUGCUUGGCCAGCGGAUCCUGGGCCACAUGCAGCAGAGACCACAGGCACCUCUUCUUGACAUUCCAGCCGGUAUCCUGAACCCAGCGUACCUCCCACGCCAACAGUCCUGGGACGCCCCCAGUGUGGCCUGUCACAUGGCCAAUGCCAACCUGACCACUGUGGCCUUGCUGCCUGCCUCCGAGGACGUGCCACUGACCACCUUCUCCUUGGACAUGUACCACUCCCUUACGGCCAUAGGCUCGACACUGAGACUAACCAGUGAUAUUAUCAAGACAAGACUAGGAAUUGCUGCAUUUGACAGUGUCCAGGAGUUCCGUCUGUCCAGUUGGCUUGGUCAGCAGGAGGACAUCCACAGGAUCGUGCUGUACCAGGCUGACCCCAGGAUGACUGCCUGGACACAGCGCUGUAUCCGCCAGGCUGACUGCAUCCUCAUCGUGGCGCUAGGGGACAAGGAACCGACUGUCAGUGAGCUGGAGAACCAGAUGGAUGCGAUGGCGGUGCGUGCUCAGAAGGAACUGGUGCUGCUGCACAAGGAGGACGUGGUGUCUCCCAUCGGCACGGCUGAUUGGCUGAAUGCUCGCAGCUGGAUCUCCUCCCACCACCACAUCAGCUGUCCCAAGAGGAUAUUCACCCGCAAAAACCCCAAGAAAGUGAUGGAGAUGUAUGAGAAGAUGUUUGAGAAGGAUCCUGAUCGACACUCAGACUUCGCUCGCCUGGCACGUUUCCUCACCGGUACAUCCGUGGCCUUGGUGCUGGGCGGAGGGGGAGCAAGAGGUGCAGCUCACAUAGGAGUGAUGCGAAUUCUGCAGGAACAGGGCAUCCCUGUAGACAUCAUCGGUGGUACCAGUAUUGGGGCCUUGAUGGGAGCACUGUGGGCAGAGGAGAGGAACUGGCGUGCUGUCGCAGAUCGGGCCAGAAGCUUCUUCUCUAACAUGACCUCCCUCUGGAAGAAGCUUGUUGACCUGACAUACCCUGUCACCUCCAUGUUUUCUGGAUACAAUUUCAACAGGGAUAUUGAAGAGGCCUUGGUGGACAAACAAAUUGAGGACCUGUGGAUCCCUUACUUUAACAUCACUACAGACGUCUCAGCCUCCAAGAUGAGAAUCCACACAGAUGGUUCCUUGUGGCGCUAUGUUCGGGCCAGCAUGUCCCUAUCGGGGUACCUCCCCCCACUUUGCGAUCCCAAAGAUGGCCAUUUGUUACUGGAUGGGGGUUACGUCAACAACCUACCAGCCGAUGUCGCUAAGUCCAUGGGUGCCAACUUCGUCAUAGCUGUGGAUGUCGGUUCGCAGGACGAUCGGAACCUGACACAUUACGGAGACUACCUGUCCGGCUGGUGGGUCCUGUACAAGAAAUGGAACCCCUUCACAGAGAAGAUCAGGGUGCUGGACAUGAGUGAGAUCCAGCAGCGCCUGGCCUACGUGUCCUGUAUGAAGCAGAUGGAGGAAGUCAAGUGUUGUGACUAUGUGGAGUAUGUCAGACCACCCAUUGACAGGUACAAGACGUUACAGUUUGGUUCCUUUGAUGAGAUCAUGGAGGUGGGGUAUGCCCAUGCCGUGCCCAUCUUUACUGACUGGCGGCGUGCAGACGAGGUGUUCGGGGUGCGGCCACCUGUGGAGGAGCAGGCCAGGCAUCCACUGACUGGGAUCCAGUCCAAUGCUUACUUCACUGACCUGGCUGAGCUGGUGUCCAGGAUUCCCCAGCAGAUCUCACAGAGGGAGGCAACCAUAUCAGAUGAUGAGUAUUCCUCUGAGUAUGAGGAUGAGGAGGAUGCAGACAGUGGUCUGGUGGUCUCCACGUCUGUACCAAACCUGGCAGAGGCUUCGGAUGAACCAAAGAAGAGAGAGGCCAUCUCUGAGGGCGGUACUCCUACAGAUGAGGGCAACUUUUCGUUCCUCUCUUGCCAACAGAACAACCUGGGAACUCUGGAGACAGAACUCCGACAGAGGCACAGCCAUGCAGAGCUGAGGGAGAGUGCAGAGGAGGAGGAGACCUGAACAGGAAGUGAUGUCAUCAUCACCAUGACAACAGGGAUGCCUCCCAACUUGCCAUAUAAGGGUUUUCAAGAGUGUGUGCAGGUGUGGUAGGUGAUCAUAAAAUGUUUAUGAUAGAAAAA